CGCGUUUGCUUUAUUGUCUAGACGACUAUUGGCUGAAAAAUAUGGAGUCAGAUGACGUAAUAUUUCCGGGUGCAGCAGCACGCGCUGGAGGUAACUGCCGGUCAUUGCGCUUGGCAGGGACACGUUCGAGCAGUCGAUCCGGCUCUGGAGGUUGCACAUCGUGGAACCACAUAUUGGACAUCUUCCCAAUCUUUCUGAACUUUGAUCCCGAUCCUUUGAUCCUCAGUUGGACACAGGGCAACAAACUGAAUAUAUCUCAGGCUUGGCCUGAUCCCUUCAUUUUUCAGUCCCCUUCAGCUUCUCAGCAUGGACCUGAGCACCGUUCUCCUGUUCCCAGUACACACAAUAGUGUGGCUGUACUCAAUCUUGAGCUUUCUGCCAUGGUACUUCCUGACUGGAGCCCAGGAAAAGAAAGCCCUGGCAAAGAGGCUCAAAUCCAAGUCGACCACUGGUCAGGCGGAGGGACCAUAUCGUUCGGUGGAUCGCUUCGACUCCCUGGUCACGGUGGACCUCCCUGGAAAAGACACCCUUGAUAAGCUGUUUGACUUUGCGGUAGAGCGUUUCGGUAAAGGGGACUGUCUGGGAACCCGAGAAGUUCUGAGUGAAGAAAAUGAGACUCAACCGAGUGGGAAAGUCUUCAAAAAGACGCCGGUCUUAACAAGUGACUCUCCUAAACAGGCCUGCUGGCGUAAAUUAAUUCUGGGCGAUUAUAAAUGGCUGUCCUAUGAGGAGAUGGACACUGUGGUCAGUCAUUUUGGGAGCGGACUGGCAGCACUGGGCCAACAGCCAAAAUGCACUAUCGCAAUUUUCUGUGAGACGCGGGCAGAGUGGAUGAUCACAGCUCAGGCCUGCUUCAGACGCAAUUUCCCAUUGGUCACCUUUUAUGCGACUCUAGGAGAAGAGGCAGUGGCUUUCGGAUUGAACGAGUGUGGAGUUACACACCUGGUCACCAGCGUAGAACUGCUGGAAACCAAACUGAAGAGUAUUCUUCCUCAAAUCCCCAAUCUGAAGCACAUCAUCUAUGUAGACAGGAAGGGCAUCAGCACAGCAGGAUUUCCACAGGGCAUCCAGAUCCACAGCAUGCACUCUGUGCAAGAGCUGGGAGCCAAGCCAGAAAACUUGAGCAUACCAAUACUGAAGCCCGUCCCAUCAGACCUCGCUGUUAUUAUGUACACCAGCGGCUCCACCGGGAGACCUAAAGGGGUGAUGAUCAUCCACAGUAACCUGAUUGGGGGAAUGGCAGGCCAGUGCGAGAGGAUACCUGGAUUGGGGCCGAAGGAUACAUAUAUUGCAUAUCUUCCUCUUGCUCAUGUCCUGGAAAUGACGGCUGAGAUCUCGUGUGUGACGUACGGCUGCAGGAUCGGCUAUUCCACACCACAAACGUUGUCUGAUCAGUCAACCAAAAUUAAGAAGGGAAGUAAAGGUGACUGCAGUGUGCUGAAACCUACUCUAAUGGCAGCCGUACCUGAAAUAAUGGACCGGAUCAAUAAGAACGUCAUGAGUAAGGUGCAGGAGAUGAGCUAUGUGCAGAGAACUCUGUUCAAACUGGCUUACGACUACAAGCUCGAGCAGAUCAAGAAGGGUUAUGAUGCGCCCCUGUGCAAUAUUUUGUUUAAGAAAGUCAGAUCUCUGCUGGGUGGGAAAGUGCGUAUGAUGUUGUCCGGAGGAGCCCCUCUCUCUCCUGCCACUCAGCGCUUCAUGAACAUCUGUUUCUGCUGUCCUGUUGGUCAAGGAUACGGUCUCACUGAGACCUGUGGAGCAGGCACUAUAACCGAAGUUGCAGACUAUAGCACAGGACGAGUAGGAGCUCCUCUGAUCUGCUGUGAGAUCAAACUCAAAGACUGGGCUGAAGGUGGCUAUACAAAGCAUGACAAGCCUCAUCCACGUGGUGAGAUCCUCAUCGGAGGUCCUAAUGUGACCAUGGGCUACUACAGGAGCGAGAGCCGUAAUAAUGAGGACUUCUAUGUGGAUCAGAACGGACAGCGGUGGUUCUGCACUGGUGAUGUAGGAGAGAUGCACCCUGACGGCUGUCUUCAGAUUGUUGAUCGUAAGAAGGACCUUGUGAAACUUCAAGCUGGGGAGUAUGUCUCUUUAGGCAAAGUUGAGUCAGCACUGAAGAACUGCUCUCUCAUUGACAACAUCUGCGCUUACGCAAACAGUGACCAGAACUACGUUAUCAGCUUUAUUGUUCCUAAUCAGAAGAAGCUGACAUCUCUUGCCAAUCAGAAGGGCAUUGAAGGCACAUGGGAAGAGAUUUGCAACCACCCAGUUAUGGAAAGGGAAGUUCUGAGAGAAAUUAAAGAAGUCGCAACUUCAAUUAAGCUCCAGCGCUUUGAGAUACCAGUCAUGGUCCAUCUGAGUCCGGAGCCUUGGACCCCUGAAACGGGCCUGGUGACAGACGCGUUCAAACUGAAGAGGAAGGAACUAAAGAACCACUAUCUCAAUGACAUCGAAAGAAUGUAUGGCCACAAGUAGGACCUCUAUCACAGCCAAAGACCUGUUCAUCAAUUCCUUGCCAUGCAACAUUGCUGUAUAUCAAUAAAUGUUAAAAACACUUUUUGCCACAACUUUCACCACUGCCCAUUGCUUAGUGAUGUGCACAAAUUUUCGAAGACGAACAAUAUUGAUAAGCCGUUGGUCAGUGUAUUUUUAUUCCUGAGCUUUGUGGGCUUUUCGUUCAGAGCUCUGUAGUCUCUCUGCUGUGAAAUAGUUUACAAUUACAGUUGUAGCUGAGUAGCUCGAGACCUUUGUACAAAGGACGAUAUUCAUCUUAUCCAGCAUAAAGUAUCCACUAAUUUCUCCUUUUAGUAUACAAAAGGAGUCUCUUGUAAAGAGGAUUUCAACCAUACAACAGCGAAAUACUGCCAUCACCUUGUGCUUUUUUCAAUGUGUGAAUUUCUUUCUUUGUAAAAAAAAAAAAAUAAUAAUAAUUCGCUUUGUUUGAUAAGAGUGUGAAAACUGAAACUGCUAGCUGAGGUGAAGUCAUUGCACUGCGGAACUCGGCCUCCUUUUAGAGGCAAGUAAUAUAUAGUGAUGUUUUUGUGCCUUCUUAUUGGUCACCAUUUUAAAUGUUGAUUCUCUAUUGGUUGUAAAUUAUAAUAAGAUUCCUUGUGCUUCAUACAUGCAGUGCAUUGUCUUCAUAAUGGUUAUAAACCAUGUUCUUUGUUAUUUACUUUUGUCGUUGGAGUUAUGAUUCACACAUUACUAGUAUAUAUUUGCUUAUGGAAUGACUCAGGAUCAGUUGAGAUGGUUUGUUGCUUAUUUAUGCUGUUAAACUGCAAUUAAAUGAAGGGAACAUUUUUUAGGAAUAAUACUCCCAUUUUACACCACAGCGGUAAAGUUUGUAUUGCACCUAUAUCAUCUUUUUUAAACCAUUAAUUUUUGUGUUAACAAUGUCUGAUUGUCUCUUUCAAAUUCCACUUCUGCUGGCUUUUAAUAUAUUUGGUCAUUAAAUCAGUUCUCAAUAGUUAAUGCAUAAAGUUGAAGAAGCUGUUUGUAAAUUCAGACCCAGAAUAUGAAUUUUGCCGUUAAUAUUGUAUUCUGUAUUUUAAGUUAUUUGGUUAAAAUUAUACAUUUCAUUUUAACCCUUGUUAAUUUAUUUUUGUUUUCAUUUUGAGAUCUGUACAGACACUGUAAUCUGUCACAUCUUGGCUUGUUUUAUUCUAGAAAGUGUGUUUUAUUUAUAAUUUUGUCAUUUGCACUAUUCUUUUUGUCAGGGAUUUUUAGCCAUUGUUAAAUUAACAGCCAUUAUUCCAACAAGUUCAGCAGUUAAUUAAUUCCCCCCCACGGCCCUCAGGGUUUUUAUCACCAUAAGAAAGACGACACAGCAAAGUGUUUGCAUUUAGAAAUUGUGAAUUUGCUUGUAGAAUAUUCUAUGAUGCUUAUUUAUUAUUUUUAUUGUGAGUCACUGUAUGUAAUAUAUGAGGACAAGUAAAAUCAUUUUCUACUCAAA